CGGACACUAUUAGCUAUUUAAAAACAUGAAUAUGUACGUGUAUACCAUGUUGAUGUGUUUUCAAGGGGAGACCAGCGCUGGUAAAAGUACUUUUGUAAACUUAUUACUUGGAGUGGAACUUCUACCUCAGUCGCCUUUGACCUGCACUUCCCCAAUAUGUCGUAUUAGUAAUAGAGUGCGCAAAAGAAUAGUAUUGAUUGACAGCGAGGACAACCAGCAGAUUAUUGAACUUGAAAAUACGGAGGGAGCAGAAGAAAUGCGGAGACGUUUGAAGGGUUUUAUAAGUGCUACUCAAGCCGGCGAGAAGUACAAAGCUGUCGAUAUAUGCUGGCCUAUCGCUUGUCUGCAGAAUAAAAUAAUGAUUGUGGAUACCCCUGGUAUAGGUCCAGAUAACGACAUACUUGCAAACCGUUUGUUUGAUUAUCUACCAUCAGCUCUUGCAUUUAUAUAUAUAAUCAAUCCAACCAACGCCGGAGGAGUGCAGAGUGAUAGGCUUCAAAGAAUAUUAGAGGAACAAGAAAAACGUAAAUGUAUGGGUGUAAAAUCUGUUUUUGAUCCCAGAAGAGCAAUUUUUGUAUGUAACAAAUGGGAUCAGAUGCAUGAGGACGAAGAACAAGUUUUCGACCAUAUUAAAGAGAAACUAUCAAACAAAUGGACUAAUUUCGACAGUAGUAAAAUCUAUAAAGUUAGUGCCUGGGAGGAAAUGCAACGAUCUAAGAAUGGCCAACCAAUUUCUGAUAACUUCAAAAGUCUACUUCGUGGAAUAGAUCAAAUGAUACCUGCAUGUCUCCAGGAAAAAAUAUCUCGACACGUUAAUUGGCAGAGGUAUUUUCUAGAAAGACUAAACUUCAAACUUACAGCCCGGAUAACUAAUGCCAUGCGAACUGAAGAUGAUAAACGAAUGAUGGCUAAGCAAGUUGUGAAAAGGAUACAGAAAGUGAGAGAAAAUAUCAAAUAUGUUCAGUCGAAACUAAAAAGUGUAGCAAAGGAACAAUGUCAGAAAAGUUCAGAAUUGCUUAAUCUAUACUUACAUCUACCGGAAAUACGGAAUAAUCUGUUUUCAUGGACGGACGAUGUUCUGCCGGAUAAAGACGACAUUGAAACGAUUGAAAAGGAAGUUAUGCGUUUUGUGGAGGAAUGUAUAGCUAGACAAAUAAAAACAUGGCUUAAACAAUCUAACAAUGGUGGACUUUCUGAAUUUAUGGCAAAACAGUUUAAGAAGGAAUGCGCUAUAAUUGAAACUGAUUGUACUGAAAUAGACGACAUAAUUCUCGGACGAACAUUAAGUACUUGUGAACUAGAUAUGGUCACACCACGAAGACAAUCGGACAGGGAUACAUCAAGUUCUACAAAUAUUUCUACUGCACAAAAAGUCGCCAUUCUUGCAACCUUUCCAAUAUGGAUGCCUUUGUCUGUAGUCGUUGGAUUGUUUGCUGUACCGGUUGGUAUUGGAUACUUUACAGUUGGUAAGAUAUCAGACAUAAAAAGAGUAAAAGAAUACAGGCAAAAUAAACAAGUAUACGUAAAAAAUAUUGCAGAGAAAAUGCUAGGGGAAAUUACCAUACAAUUUUUGAAGGAAAAGGUUUUUGGACAAUUUUUAAAUGAAAUGAAUAACCAAAUAGAUCAAUUCUGUGACUCUACUGUUCCGAGACGAAUUGUAGCUGGAGAAAUACUGAUCAAAGGAAUAAAAAAAGACAUACGGCAACCUGUAGAAAUAAGGAAACAAUGCAUUUUAGUGGAAAGCGACUUAAAAUCAGCUUAUGGUCGUGUUUUAUUUAUUGAUAUCGAAUAUUUUGAUAAGUUUAAGUUAAGUCAAACAGACGUACGAAGGAAAGACCUUUCAAGUGAGUUAGAAGUGUUGGUAAAUGGAGAAUGGAAAGAUACAGUUGUAAAACAAAUGAAAUGGUCAUACAGUAAUAAAUCAGACUGUUCGGUAUUGAGUGAAAUCCAGAAAUUGAGAAACAUCAAACACGAACACAUUUUAGAUGUUCUUGGAAUAACACUUGCAACUGAAAAAAAUGGUCACAUUCUGGAAAUAUACACAGAAAAAUGUGAUAAAAGUUUAGAAACCGCCAUUUUUCGUAGUACAAAACAGGCUGAGCCGUGGAGAUGUAUUCAUCUUUAUUUGUGUCAGUGCUUAGAGGGACUAACUUAUCUUCACGAACAUGGACUAAUACAUGGAAAUGUGAAACCUUCUAAUAUGUUGGUUAGUUUAUAAACAUUCUGAAGUAUAAUUGAUUUGACAGAUGAAGAUUACUUGUGUCAUGCUCGCAAAAUAUAAACAUGUUAAAGAUAAAAUUAGAAUUUAGGAAAACAACAAGUCAUAGAGAAUUGAAAUACUGAUCGGUAAAUGAAAGGGUUUUUGAUAACAAUAGGUCAUGACCAUCUAUUCUUUGUAGA